GUGGGAAGAUGACCAUCUCUGAGCCUUCCUAAAAAGAGUGGGGCCCUAGUUGGAGGCGUAGCAUUCUUCCUCCGCCCCCCCCUUCCCCUUGUGGCCUGAAGGUGGGGACCCUGGCCAGGCGGGUGUGCCCCAGGGUGUGGGUGCCCAGAGGUGGGGAUGGGGGGCGCACAGAGCUAACUCUACCCCUGACGACCCCUGCUGGGGUGAGGGUGCGGGCCACGGAGGCCCAAUCGGGACCCCGGGGGCAUUUCCCCUAGGCUCCCUUGAAUUUGGGCUCAUCUGAUGGAUUGUGAGUGAUCACAUCGUUGUUUGGGCGGGGGCUGCAGCAGCUGGAUGCUGAGGAAGUAGGAAGAGACGCCCUCUCUCCAUCCUCCCUGCUUCCACCCCCACCCCCACUUCCACGCCAUCCCCCUGUGAAUUCGCCUCCCUGCCUCUGGGAAGCCUGUGUUUGGGACACUCGCGUCCCGGAACGUUCUCUCCCCGAGGCCCGGCCGGACCAACCUCCCCAACCUUGCCAGCUUCCCUGGGGAACCCAGCGGUGAAAUGCCCGGGCCCUUUUGGCAGGGCUUCUCUUUCCCGAGAUGGGAGUGAGCUUGUGCCGGGGGAAAUGAUCCGUCAUCAUCCAAAGCCGGAAUGGGAGGGAGCCUCCGUGUAGGCAGGGAAAGAGUUGCGAACUGAACUGAGCUUGGCGCUUGGGGGGAAAAAGGGCCCCGAAGCCCAGACCAUUCUCUUUUCUGGGAAGAAACAAUCGGCUUACUCUAGCUUGAGCCUCAACCAUUUUGUCUCUGUUCUAAGUUGUGCCUAAAUGCGCGGAGACAGAGAAAUCCUGGGGCCCUUUCUUGGGGAAAACCGUAGUGUCUCUUUUGGAAGUUUGUCUGAGUCAGGGCAGUGUCACUUCCUAGCUGUCCUGACUGCGUUGAUGGUUCAUUCUGAAAGGUGAAACUAGGUUAUAGUAGGAGGAUUUCCUAACUUGACUGUUGAAGAAAGAAGAAAAGUGGAGUGUCCUUUGAAGAAAGCAAAUUGGAGAAAAUAUUUGAGGGGGAAAAAAAGAAAUAAUGUUUCUGAGAUGGAGAAACAAGACCAGAGAUGUUGAGUGACUUGCCCUCAGCUUCACAGCAAGUCAGAGAAUCACAAAAUCUCAGAAUUUGAAGAAACCACAGAGGAUAUCUAGUCCAACUCCUACCUGAACAAGAAUCCACUCUACAAUAGACCUGAAAAGCACUUAUCCAGACUUUGCUUAAAGAAUUCCAUCAAGAGGUUACUUAACCUACUGCCUUUCCAGGUGGUGUGGCUUAAAAACCUUUAUGGAAGCCCAAUGGGUGGUAAUGGAAGAUGCUGUUCCAUUAACUAAGAUCAACAUGGAUUCCUGGUUCUUUCUUAUUUUGCUCAGCAGUGGCCUGACUUGCCUCAGUGCCAGCAAUGCUACAACAGUGUUUGCAGUGUCACCUUCGACAGGAGUUACCUCAUCCACAUCUAUAAGAUCAAUUAAAGCAACAACCACAGAGCCUGAUAAAGGGGAGACCAUGAGCUCCAAGGUUUUCAGUCCAAACUCUUCAUUGACUUCUUUUCCUACAACACCAACAUUCAGCCCACCUGUAAUUCUGGAACCUACUAAUGUAACCACAGUCAACUCAACCGAAUCUAUUGUCAAUGUGACUGCAAGGACAGGGGUUGCAGAGCCUAAUAUGACUUCACUUUCUCCAAAUGGAACUUGGUUUCUUGAUCCUGGGCUUACAGAUGCCAAGACGGAGCCUUGGGAGCAGAAUUUUAGCACUUCAGUAACAACACCAGAAGCCUUCACCCCUUCAGGUAAUUCUGACACGGAAAGAAGAGAUGAGACCCCUAUCAUUGCAGUGAUGGUGGCCCUGUCCUCUCUGCUAGUGAUAGUGUUUAUUAUCAUUGUUCUGUACAUGUUAAGGUUCAAGAAGUACAAGCAGGCUGGAAGCCAUUCUAAUUCCUUUCGCUUGUCCAAUGGACGCACUGAUGACAUGGAGCCUCAAAGCAUGCCACUUCUGGCCAGGUCUCCAAGCACCAAUAGGAAGUAUCCCCCGCUGCCAGUGGACAAGCUGGAAGAGGAGAUUAACCGACGGAUGGCUGAUGAUAAUAAGCUCUUCCGAGAAGAAUUCAAUGCUCUCCCAGCCUGUCCUAUCCAGGCCACCUGUGAAGCUGCUUCCAAGGAAGAAAACAAAGAGAAAAACAGAUAUGUGAACAUCUUGCCUUAUGACCAUUCCAGAGUACAUCUGACACCAGUUGAAGGGGUUCCAGAUUCUGACUAUAUCAACUCUUCAUUUAUUAAUGGUUACCAAGAGAAGAACAAGUUUAUUGCUGCACAAGGACCAAAAGAAGAAACAGUGAAUGAUUUCUGGAGAAUGAUCUGGGAACAAAACACAGCCACCAUUGUCAUGGUGACCAACUUGAAGGAGAGGAAGGAGUGUAAAUGUGCCCAGUACUGGCCGGACCAGGGCUGCUGGACGUAUGGGAAUAUCCGUGUGUCAGUGGAAGAUGUGACUGUUUUGGUGGAUUACACAGUCCGGAAAUUCUGCAUUCAGCAGGUUGGAGAUGUGACCAACAAAAAGCCCCAGCGCCUUGUCACUCAGUUCCACUUCACUAGUUGGCCAGACUUUGGAGUGCCCUUCACUCCCAUUGGGAUGCUCAAGUUCUUGAAGAAGGUGAAGACAUGUAAUCCUCAGUAUUCGGGAGCCAUCGUGGUACACUGCAGCGCUGGUGUGGGGCGCACAGGAACCUUUGUUGUCAUCGAUGCCAUGCUAGACAUGAUGCAUGCCGAAAGGAAAGUGGAUGUCUAUGGCUUCGUGAGCAGGAUCCGAGCCCAGCGCUGCCAGAUGGUGCAAACUGAUAUGCAGUAUGUCUUCAUUUAUCAAGCACUGCUAGAGCACUAUCUCUAUGGAGACACAGAGCUGGAAGUGACGUCUCUGGAGACCCAUCUGCAGAAGAUCUACAACAGAAUCCCAGGGAGUACCAGCAAUGGGCUUGAGGAAGAAUUUAAAAAGUUAACAUCAAUCAAAAUCCAAAAUGACAAGAUGAGGACAGGAAACCUGCCUGCCAACAUGAAGAAGAACCGGGUCCUACAGAUCAUUCCAUAUGAAUUCAACAGAGUCAUCAUCCCAGUGAAGAGGGGUGAGGAAAACACUGACUAUGUGAAUGCUUCCUUCAUUGAUGGCUACAGACAGAAGGACUCUUACAUCGCCAGCCAAGGUCCUCUCAUGCACACCAUUGAAGAUUUCUGGAGAAUGAUCUGGGAAUGGAAAUCCUGCUCUAUUGUAAUGCUGACUGAGCUGGAGGAGAGAGGCCAGGAGAAAUGUGCCCAGUACUGGCCAUCGGAUGGCUCAGUAUCUUACGGAGACAUCACCGUGGAGCUCAAGAAGGAAGAGGAGUGUGAGAGCUAUACCGUCCGAGACCUGCUUGUAGCCAACACCAGGGAAAACAAGACCCGGCAGAUUCGACAGUUCCACUUCCAUGGUUGGCCUGAGGUGGGAAUCCCCAGUGAUGGCAAAGGCAUGAUCAACAUCAUUGCAGCCGUGCAAAAACAGCAGCAGCAGUCAGGAAACCAUCCCAUCACAGUCCAUUGCAGUGCCGGAGCAGGAAGAACAGGCACAUUCUGUGCUCUGAGCACAGUCCUGGAGAGAGUGAAGGCUGAAGGUAUCUUGGAUGUCUUCCAGACAGUGAAGAGCCUGAGGUUACAGAGGCCACACAUGGUCCAGACACUGGAACAGUACGAGUUCUGCUACAAGGUAGUGCAGGAGUACAUCGACGCCUUCUCAGAUUACGCCAACUUCAAGUGAGAGACGCCGAGGGCCUGUACACAGAAGAGUUGCCUUCUUUCAUAUUUUGUACCAUUCUGUUUGUUAAUAUGCCCAGCUCUGUGUAUAUAUCUUACCUGUUUGAGAGGUUGGUACAUAGGCUUCCCAUUAGCUGGAGAUUUUAUAUGUAGCUGUGUUAGCGCUAAUAGUCUUUUUUCCAAUGUUUGAUUGGGGAAUUAAAUAGCGUGCUGUUUGGAUUCAUAUCGUGACACCCUUUGCUGGAGAGUGGGCCCAGCUGGUGUUUGUUUUGUAAAUCUUUUCCCGAGGAAGAAAAGCCUUUUUUAACAGUACUCAUUCCAAGCAAAUCCAUACAAAUUGAAGCACAAGAUUCUUCUUUCACAGGGAAAAUGGUUGCACAUUUUCCCCUCCAAGGCCCCUCCCACACAUCCUGACUCACCUUUGCCAUUGUAAAUAGUCCCCUUUUGUACCAGAGAAAACUUCCCUGGAGAAUGAAGGGACCAGGACUGCACCCAAAGGGUCCUUGUUGCUGUCCCACCAGGGCCCAUUAGGUAAUAAAAAGGCUUUGUCUUCCUGCAGA